CGCCAAAUUAAUGUAUAACUUGAUUAUGCAUGAACUUCAAUUGUGGAUCUACCUCUUUGUGCUGAUUCUCGUUCGGGAUGGAAGAUGUAGUCAAUCAGAUACGAACAUUUCCAACCCUUGUCGAGGGGAAAUUCACCUGAAUUUAGAUUUACCGAUGAAGGUGGCGAAAAUGAAGGAAUUCUCUUCCAAAUUAAGAGGAAUUUCUGACACGUUGUAUAAAGAACACUUGAGCCUUACAGAUUCUUUAGUAAAACUAGUUGGAUUGCCAGCUUCAAAGGUAGCUGAAGCAUGUCGUCAGGAUCCAUCUUUAGUAUUUCCACACCCUAGUGAGUGUCAACUUUACUACAACUGUUCUAUGAUGUACACUAAAGUUCCAGUCAGCCUAGAACAACACUUGAUGGAGUGCCAGUAUCCGGAUGUUUUUUCAACACGAUCACUCAAAUGUGAAAAUUUCACAAGAGUGUGCUGCGGCACGAGAAACGUCACGAAGGAUAAAUGUGAUUAUAGAUCAUAUGUUGGAAGUAUUUCCACGUGUAAAUGGGAAUAUCCUAGCUGUAAAGGAAAAACAGACGGAUUUCACCAGGGAUAUCAAGGUCCAAACUCAUACAUCAACUGUUUCCAAGAGCGUUUGAUUAACAGAGGAACUUGUAAAGAUGACGAUAUUUGGGAUAUAUAUAAGAUCCCCUACAACGGCAAUUGCACAAACCCUUUUGAGGUUCCCCACAAAGAUGGCGGAUUUCUGUCUAGUUGUGAGGGGAAAACAGAUGGAAAUUAUCGCUUUGAGUAUGAUAGCUUCUACAUGGGGCAGGGAGAUUACUUCGGAGUAGGUAGACAAUGUGAUGCAUUCUAUCGUUGCGAAGGGGGCGUGGCUACAGCUGUCAAAUGUCCGAAUGGAACUGUGUUUGAACCUCAGAGCAGAAGCUGCAAAGCUGGAAAUCACUCUAUAGAAUUAGGAUGCCAGCUAUACUGUAACCCAAACUUUAAAAUGUGGAACGGGUUUCCAAACAACUUAGCAGAAUGUCCUUACCCAGAACAAUUCUCUGACGUCACUCAUACAUGUGAAAACUUUACAAAGGUCACAUGUGGCUCCCGCCCAGAGGUCAAGGAUUAUUGCAAGUACAGAGUUCAGCUGUUCAUGAACCGACAUAUGGGAAACUGCGAGGGUUAUCACUUCAGCUGUGCAGGCUUACCUGACGGGUUUAACGAACAUCCAGUCAAACGACCCGGUCCUUAUUAUGUUCUUUGUUUCCAAGAAAGGCUUGUAUUUGACGGAGCAUGUCCCAGGGACAACUUAUGGCAGGCACAGACGUUUCCCUACAAAGGUCAAUGUACACAGAGGUACGCCAUUCCAGUUUCCCAUCAUGGCAUAGGCCUCCUCCCGGAUUGUUCCGGGAAAUCUGACGGGAACUACCAGUAUCCAAGUGGAAAAUGUGAUGCUUACUAUAGAUGUGAACAGGGUAACGCAACUGCCGUGAAAUGUCCACCCAACACUAACUUUGACGUCCGCAGCGAAGUGUGUAGGACUGGCGUUACUUGCUCUGGAUAAAAAUUUAAGAUCAAAUUUAUAUGUUUUAAUACUUUACAAUAUUUAAAAAUAAUUCUUCAAUAUUAAGAGAUGAUUUGACA